CAUUGUUGCCCUUCCCUUUACUAUCUCUCCUCCUCCCACCAACGCUCCAGUUUCUCCUCCCGCCCUCCCUCUCAGUUGCCCUUCCCGCUUCCCCGUGUUCAGCUCUUCCAGUAUGCUUAUCAAGGCUGACUAUUCUCCAUGGUACCGUCGUCUCCAGGAUGCUCAGAGAAGGAUCCCGGAAGCAAGACCCGAAGAUGAAGAUGAAGAAGACGCUAAUUUAAGAGACAACGUAGAAAAUGGGUUAUCCGUGCGCAACCUCUCCAAGGAGAUCCUCAAUGACUACCCACACUCCAUCGCCAUGCAGAAGAGAAUCCUGUUAAACCUCAGGGUGGUCGAGUACAAGCUGGCCGAACUGGAACAGUUCCUGGUCUCUCAGGGAUUGAGUGGCGAGAUGGAAUACCAGCAGAUUUGUGAGAAAGAUCCAGAUGACGACGGUGUUAGUGGAAACCAACAAUAAAUCUGAUGGUCAGGCGCCA